AUGCACUUCCGUGGUUCAUCCCUUUACUUCACGGUCGUCGGCCUGACCUCCACGACCGCUGUCCUCGCUGCCGUCCAGCCCUACGGACAGUGCGGUGGUCAGACCUACUCUGGCGAGACAGCUUGCACUGAUGGCUGGGGCUGCAAGCAGUGGAACGACUACUACUCGCAGUGUAUCGAAGGUGCGAGUGACUCGACACCUUCCAGCGUACCUUCCGCCGCGCCUGUUCCCAGCAACAACGCAACUUCCACUCCUGCGGCUCCUGUCCAGACUAGCCCUGCUACGUCAGCUGCUUCGGUACCGAUUGCUAUUCCCACCACCUUAGCGACCAAGAUCAUAUCCUCCUCCAGCCUAGCAGUCAUCCCCGAGGAUGUCUCUACAUCAGUCGUAGUGAUUUCCACCAGCGCUGCCGCCCCGAGCGCCACUCCCAGCGCGGGCGCUGGCAACAGCACUAGCAGCUUUGCCAAUGGUGAGGACUGCUCCCUUGAUGCAGUCUUCAAGGCCAAGGGCAAGAAGUACUUCGGAACAGCAACAGACAAGGGCCGUCUGACCGCAGGCGACAACGCUGCCAUCAUCAAGGCAGACUUUGGCCAGGUCACACCCGAGAACAGCAUGAAGUGGGACGCCACCGAGAAUGUCGAGGGCACAUUCACACUCGACGGUGCCGACUACCUUGUCGACUGGGCCACCACCAACGACAAGUUGAUCCGCGGCCACACCACUGUGUGGCACAGCCAAUUGCCCACAUGGGUCUCCUCGAUCACCGACAAGACGAAGCUUGAGGAUGUGAUGAAAGCUCACAUCAACAAGCUCAUCGGCGGCUACAAGGGCAAGGUCUACGCAUGGGACGUCGUUAACGAGGUCUUCGGCGAAGACGGCACAUUCCGCUCCUCCGUAUUCUACAACGUUCUCGGUGAAGGUUUCAUAAAGACAGCCUUUGAGACCGCCCGUGCCGCUGAUCCCGCCGCCAAACUGUACAUCAACGACUACAACCUCGACUCCGCGUCCUACACAAAGACUAAGGCUAUGGUUUCCAAGGUGCAGGAGUGGGUCGCUGCCGGUGUACCCAUUGACGGCAUUGGUUCGCAGGCUCACCUGGCCAACAACUGGCCGAUCGCCGACUUCCCAGGUGCGCUUAAGGCGCUGUGUGCUGUCGUCGAGGAGUGUGCGAUUACCGAGUUGGAUAUCAAGGGUGCUAGCGCGAGCGAUUACGAGACCGCUGUUGGUGCUUGUGCGGAUGUCAAGAACUGCGUCGGCGUCACAGUCUGGGGUGUUCGUGACCCGGACUCGUGGAGGCCUACUAGCACUCCCCUCCUAUUUGACGAUGCGUACAUGGCAAAGGAGGCUUACAACGGGCUGUGCAAGGCUCUCGCUUAA